AAUCACACAAGGCACGUGUCCCCGAGAUGCGUUCAAAAUUAUAGCCGAUAGAGGGCGUUGUUGAGACUUACUCGCUCAUCCCAAAACUUUCCACCAAUCACAGCCGUGAACAGUCCAAAUCACGUCCUGGAUGUGCCUUGAGUAGCUGUGUGAAGUCGGUCAAUCACACCAAACUGCCCUCGGAGUUUGACCUAUUUAACAUUUCCCGGGUACUUAAUUAUUGAAAUCACAUUCCUGCCAGGGGACUUUCCCCCAAACAUCCCUCACCAUCCGCCCGCCCACGGUUUCCGAAAAAUCAUCAGGAAGAUCCUAAAAAUACGCCAAGCAGGCCGAAGGUGAAUCGGUUUGCCAGGGCCGGUGGGUUUAAACCGCGGCAGCCCCCUCGCGUGAUGUAGCCUUGCACAAACUAACCACAAAGCAAAAGUCAAGUGUCUGUCUGGAAACUCUCCACUUCAUUCUGCAUAACGCACAGCGAUCGACUGUCGAUAUGCAUGCCUUGCUAAUGCUUGGCGGAUUUCUCCCAGCUCUUUGUUGGGUGCUCUGCACGGUAGUCCAGGCCCAGGAAUACCCAGAAUGUCCGCAGACCGCGACCUCCGAGCAUGACCGGGAACAGAUCACCGAAAAAAGCCAACAUUUCGUCCGUGCAUUUGAGAGGUACCAGAACAGACCGGCCGAGAUUGUCUUCGUCUUGGAUUCCUCAGGCAGCGUCGGUCUCGGCCCCUUCGGCUGCCAGGUGCAGUUCGUUCGUCAUUUAUCCAAGCUGUUCAGCGUGUCUCCGGAGAACUCGCGAGUGGCUGUGGUGACAUACUCCAGCUGUGACAAGAUCUACACCGACUUCGACUACAUCAACUCGCCGGUGGGCAAGAACAAGUGCACGCUACUUGGCACCGACCUGCCGCGGACCUACUACCGAGACGGGGGAACGUGUACCGUGGGUGGACUGCGCAGGGCCCAGGAUAUUCUGGCUGGAGCGCGGCCAUCCACACAAAAAAUUGUCUUUGUUCUCACUAAUGGACAAUCCAAUGAUGGUGGCAGCCCGCUACAAGUGGCCGCUGCCCUGCGGAACACAGCUGCAGUCUUUGCCAUCGGCCUGGGCGAGGGCACCAAUGUAGAUGAGCUGAAUGGCAUCGCCUCUUCACCAAGCGAUGACUAUGUCUUCCUGCUGGAUCAGCCGACUGAUGUAGAGAGCUUUGCUGAGAAAGUCAUUGGAGAUCAGGCAGACAUGGCCUCCUGGGAUCGCAACGUGAACUCUGACCUCUGCAACUCCCUCUGCCAAUCAGGAAGCAACUGCUGCGACAUGCGGGCCACCUGCUCAUGUGCAACCAUGACAGGAAGCUAUGGAUGUGCCUGCCAUCCUGGCUACACGGGCGAUGGGAAACAGAAUCAGUGCAGAGCCUGCCCUCGCGGGACCUAUAAACCAGAGUAUGGCAACCAGGGUUGCAUCCACUGCCCUGCUCUCUCUACCACGAUGGCAGAGGGCAGCACAUCCCUCAGUAACUGUCAGUGCCUGGCCGGUCACCAAGGCUCUCCAGCAACAAAAGUCCGGUGCGCACAUGUCAAGCCACCAGUAUUCACCUUUUGCCCUGCGGACAUUUCUCUGGUGACCGAUCGGAACAAGAACUUUGCAACAAAUGCCAGCUGGGACCAGCCUACAGUGAGUGACAACGCAGGCCAGCCACUGGUCACCGGCUCUCCGUCAGCUUCUCAGGAGCGGUUCUAUCUGGGUGUGGCUACUGAGAUCACAUACACGGCGCGUGAUGGCGAGGGUCUGGAGACCAACUGCACUUUCGUUGUCACAGUUGAAGACCAAGAGCCUCCUAGAAGCACCUACUGCCCAGAUAACAUUGAAGCCGAGAGUAGUGAAAGACAGCGUAGUGUCAACUGGACUGUUCCCACCUUCAAAGACAACUCAGAGAUGCCUGUCAAGCUGACGUUCAACUGUUCACCAGGGUCGCUGUUCUUCUGGGGGCCGCCCAAGCAAGUCUGGUACCGAGCCGAGGACCAAGCAGGCAAUGCCGCCUUCUGCAACUUCACAGUUGCAGUGAGACCCGUCGAGUGCGGCCAACCAAACGGCCCACUGAACGGGGAGAGCGGCUGCUCUGAUUGGAUGUGCGGCAAGAUCUGCGAGCCCCGCUGCAACCAAUCAUAUUACUUCUUUGACGGACCCCCGGAAAACGUGUACCUGUGCGGCUUGAAUGACGUGUGGUUGCCUUCGCGGGAGGUACCAGACUGCAGUCCUUACAGUUACCUCGGCAACCAGACAACUUGCCCGCCUGGUACUGAGUUAAUGUCGUUCACUGCUCUUGAAGACACUGUGUGCAUUGCUUGCCCGCGUGGUAUGUACUACUCGGCCGCAGCGGGCUCGGUGCCCUCGUGUCUGCCGUGUUCCACGGGGACCUAUCAGGGGGGAUUCGGUCAGGAGUCCUGCAUGUCCUGCCCGGCCGGUCAAACCACCGCCACGGAAGCCGCCAUAAGCAGCAGCGAAUGCUUCCUAAUUCUUGAAGAUGUCGAGCCACCAGUAUUCACCUUUUGCCCUGCGAACAUAUCUCUGGUGACCGACCGGAACAAGAACUUUGCAACAAAUGCCAGCUGGGACCAGCCUACAGCGAGUGACAACGCAGGCCAGCCACUGGUCACUGGCUCUCCGUCAGCUUCACAGGAGCGGUUCUAUCUGGGUGUGGCUACUGAGAUCACAUACACGGCGCGUGAUGGCGAGGGUCUAGAGACCAACUGCACUUUCGUUGUCACAGUUGAAGACCAAGAGCCUCCUAGAAGCACCUACUGCCCCGAUAACAUCGAAGCUGAGAGUAAUGAAAGACAGCGUAGUGUCAACUGGACUGUUCCCACCUUCAAAGACAACUCAGAGAUGCCUGUCAUGCUGACGUUCAACUGUUCACCAGGGUCGCUGUUCCACUGGGGGUCGCCCAAGCAAGUCUGGUACCGAGCCGAGGACCAAGCAGGCAAUGCCGCCUUCUGUAACUUCACAGUUGCAGUGAGACCCAAGACGUGCCCCGCCCUUCUCUCCAAACAACACAUGAGGAUCCGUCCAGCCUCCUGUGAGAAGCAGAUUCAAGAAUACACCUCUGAGUGUUUCUAUGAAUGCAAGAAUGGAUUCUGGUUGAAAGGGGUGAACCGGAGGGCCUGUCAAGCUGACGGGACGUGGUCAGAUUCAUCGAUGGAAAACACCUGUGUUGAUGUUGAGCCACCAGUAUUCACCUUUUGCCCUGCGAACAUAUCUCUGGUGACCGACCGAAACAAGAACUUUGCAACAAAUGCCAGCUGGGACCAGCCUACAGCGAGUGACAACGCAGGCCAGCCACUGGUCACUGGCUCUCCGUCAGCUUCUCAGGAGCGGUUCUAUCUGGGUGUGGCCACUGAGAUCACAUACACGGCGCGUGAUGGCGAGGGUCUGGAGACCAACUGCACUUUUGUUGUCACAGUGGAAGACCAAGAGCCUCCUAGAAGCAUUUACUGCCCCGAUAACAUCGAAGCUGAGAGUAAUGAAAGACAGCGUAGUGUCAACUGGACUGUUCCCACCUUCAAAGACAACUCAGAGAUGCCUGUCAAGCUGACGUUCAACUGUUCACCAGGGUCGCUGUUCCACUGGGGGCUGCCCAAGCAAGUCUGGUACCGAGCCGAGGACCAAGCAGGCAAUGCCGCCUUCUGCAACUUCACAGUUGCAGUGAGACAAUACCCUUGCCCCUUCUACCCCCCACCGCAGAAUGGAGCUCUGGCUUGUGAGACCUGGCUUGGUGGCCAGGUCUGCCGGGUGGCCUGCAACGAGAACUUUGACUUCAAUCGGAAUCCUGCGAGUGAAUACUACUGCAGAACGCCUUUUGGCAGUGACGUGGCCGAGUGGGGGCCGUUUUUCAACGACCGAAACCCAGCUGACUUUAGGGUCCCCUGGCCCGAUUGCUCUGAAAUGAGAGAUCCCAAUGCAGAGGUGACACGGGGGGUGCAGUUCUACGUCGGGGAUUGCCAGCUGGACGAGCGCGCAAAAGCACAGAUUGCUGCGGACUUCGUGGCCAGGUUCCAGGAAUUGAGCCAACUUGCGCCCGGCUUCUGCCAGGCGGACGCUGGCUGCAGCGUGGAGAAUGUGAAGGUGACCUGUGGGGCAGUGGAUGGACGGCGGAAGAGACGACGCAGGCAAACCAAUGACCUGGCCUUGGAAAUAGAGUUCACCGUGGUCGUCAAUUCAGCUCAUCAGCCACAGAUUCAGAACACCUCCUCCGCUGUCAGUCCCAGCAUGAAUUCCGUCCAGGUACUCAACAACUUCAUGGAGACCAUGGACAUGGUCGUCUCAGCAGGACUGCUCAACAUUUCCGCCGGGAACGGCAACAUGCUGUCGCCUGUCGGGCCAGUUAACGUCUUGGAGCCAGUCUCACUGUCGUGUCAGGACGGGGAGGUCCUACGAAAUCAGUCAUGCGUUGUCUGCCCAACUGGUACAUACCAUGACAUCGAGGGCGGUGUUUGCCAAGACUGCAGCGCUGGUUUCUAUCAGGACUCUGAGGGGCAGAUGUCCUGUCUACGGUGUCCCCAGGGAACAACUACCCGCCGCAAAGGCUCCAAAUACCCGGAGGAUUGUAAAGCCCCCUGUCCAAUGGGUACCUACUCUGCCAGCGGUCUCGUAACGUGCAUGGCGUGUCCACGGGGAGCUUACCAGCCUUAUAGAGGCUCCACGUAUUGCCUGCCGUGCCCUGAGGGCCUGACAACCUGGACAGAAGGCGCCCUCUCAGUGGACGAAUGCACUGGUGAAUGUCCAUUGGGCAGCUACUCUGGUACAGGGUUUGCACCAUGUAUGCCGUGUCCCAAGGGUUCCUUCCAGCCUCUAAGGGCCCAGAAAUUCUGCCUUACCUGCCCGGACGAACUUUACACCCACCACGAAGGUGCACACCACAUAGCCUAUUGCCAAGUGAUCAAUGAGUGCGAGUCGCAGCCGUGCAGGCAGGGAGCUGUCUGCAUUGACCUGCCCAAGGGCUACCAGUGUCUCUGCCCGACGGGCUACACCGGCCCCGACUGCGAGGUGAACAUCGAUGACUGUGACCACGAUCUCUGUCUGAAUAACGGGACCUGUCAGGACAUGGUGGCUGGCUACCAGUGCGAAUGUGCAGCGGGGUAUGAAGGAGAACACUGCCAGAUUGACUUGGAUGAAUGCGAAUCAAAUCCUUGCAGUAACAAUGCGAUCUGCACCGACGGUCCUCACUCCUACACGUGCCAGUGUGCGCCUGGGUUUACCGGAGAAUUUUGUGAGGUGAACUUCUUCGACUGCGCGUCAGAUCCCUGUCAGAACGACGGAACGUGCGUGGAUCUGGCCCAGAAUUACACCUGCUGUUGCCGGCCGGGCUAUAGAGGGCGCAAUUGUGAGAUCCUGGUCGACCACUGCCAGUCGGAUCCAUGCAGGAAUAACGCCACCUGUAUGGCCAACUUCAAUGGGGUGACCUGUCAGUGCAUGCCUGGGUUUAAGGGAGAGAGGUGUGACGUUGAGCUCAACGAGUGCGAGUUACAGCAAGUGGUAUGUCAACACGGAGGGACCUGCGUGGACAUUGUGAAUGACUUCCGAUGCGCUUGCACCCCGGGUUACUCCGGCGUCAACUGCGAAACAGCUCUCUCGAGUGACUUUGACCUCAGUUUCCCCGAAGCCCGGACCUCGGACUACGCCAUGCUGCGUGGCACCCUACCCUCCCUCCACGCGCUGACCGUUGCCUUCUGGAUGCGAACCUCGGACAAGGCCAACGCUGGCACACCACUGUCGUAUGGCACGCGGGAGCCAGACGGCACGGUGCAAGACAACGCCUUCACGGUCAGCGACUACAACAGCUUGGCCAUCAUCCUGAACGGAGAGUUCAUGUACACAGAUGAGAAAUUGAACAGUGAUCCCAACUGGCGUCACGUUGCCAUCACGUGGGCAAGCCUGGACGGCCGAUGGGCCAUGUACGUGGACGGAGCAGUCAGGCGGUCAGGUCAGGGCUUCCAGACCGGCUCAGUCAUACGAGGCUCUGGGGUGCUGGUUCUUGGGCAGGAGCAAGACAGCUACGCUGGCUCCUUCGCGCAGACACAGGCCUUCGUGGGUGACCUGAGCCAGUUGAAUAUGUGGGACUACGCCAUGACAUCUGAGGAGAUUACGUUGGUCUACUCUUCUUGUGCAGCAUCAGGGAAUGUGCUGGCCUGGUCACAGGUCACCUCCAAUCUCCACGGAGAGGUCAGCCUUGUUCAGAGCUCACAACUUUGUCCACGUAUAAAUGAGUGUCAGCCGUCAACGUGUCGAAACGGUGCCACAUGUACUGAUCUGGUUGGGGCUUUCAAGUGUCACUGUGCCUUGGGUUACCAUGGCACAAAUUGCGAACUACUGAGGACGUCCUGCACCACAGAAACAUGUCUUAAUUAUGGGAGUUGCCAUAGCAACGGCUCCCUGCUGUUCUGCAGAUGUGCUCCCGGUUACUCAGGAGAACGAUGUGAGUUGCGCGACCUGUGCCAGUCUGUCACAUGCUUGAACAGUGGUGCCUGUGUGAAUGAUGGCGUGGUUGCAAAAUGCAACUGCGCUCCCGGUUUCACAGGUCGUGUUUGCGAGUACGACGUUAACGAAUGUGACUUGGAAAACGGCGGUUGUGCACACACGUGCCACAAUACACAGGGCUCCUUCUACUGCGGUUGUAAUAGUGGAUUUGCGUUGCAGCCUGAUGGCCAUUCCUGCAAUGAUAUUUCCUAUUGUAUACAUGAAGGAAGAUUCCACCUUGCAAAUGACGUUUGGAAUUUCAAGUGUUCCACCUGUCAAUGUGAGCAAGGUGCUGCCAUGUGUCAGGUCAAAGAAUGUCCUGAAAUCAAAUGUCGCAAGAAGGAGUAUGAAUACCAAGCUCCUGGUGCCUGCUGUCCGCAGUGCUUACCAGCUUCAAAGAUCUGCACGGUCACCCGCGACGGCUGGCACGCGACCUAUGACUUCAAACGGUACGGACACCGAGGCAACUGCCGCUACGUGUUGAGCCAGGACUGUGUGGGCAGCCAGUUCACCGUAGAGGUCCAGUACGAAGCCAACAAGAAGAAGAUCAAGAAGUGGGCACUGUGGCUGCGGCUGGACUGCGUGGAGGUGGAGAUUGAUUAUGAUGGCUCAGUCAAGGUUACCGGUGUCCCCGUUGAGCUGCCAUACCUCCAUGCCGAGCCCAUGAAUGUCAUGGUCACACGCGCCAACUCGUCCACCGACGACGGCCGCGGUGUCAUGAUCCAGACAGACCGCGGUGUGGUGAUCCAGUGGUCCAGGUUUGGCGCCAUCCAGGUCCAAGCCCCGGGAACGUACAGAGGCCAGCUCUGCGGCCUGUGCGGCAACAUGAACGGCAACCGCAAGGACGACUGGACCACGCGGCAGUUCCUGCCGGCCCGCUCGGCCAAGGAGUUUUCCCACAGCUGGAAGGUGGACGGGUACCGCUACUGCGCCAAGCCCAAGGCUCGCGGCACCAGUCGCUUGGCCUUUGGAGGCAUCACCGGUGAUAAGAUCUCAGCCUGCUCUAGUCUGGGCUUCACCUUUCUGAAAGACAUCAGGAAGAAGUGCAGUGUUCUCAGGCUAAGAGCUUUCCAGAUAUGCCACUCUGUAGUCAGUCCAACCAGUUACUUUGAGUGGUGCAUGCAGGAUGCCUGUACAUGUAGCUCCAAUGAGCCCUGCCACUGUGAAGCCAUAGCGGCCUACAUGUACGAGUGCCAGCGCAACAACAUCAAGAUCAAGUGGACGGGCAACAACGCUUGCAGCAUUCGGUGUCCAGAUGGCAUGAUGUACGAUCACUGCGGCCCGGCCUGCCUUCCGUCUUGCGAAGACCCCAUCCCUACUGGGGCUGAGUGCCGGACACGCACCUGUGUAGCUGGCUGUCAGUGCCCAGCCGGAACGGUACAUCAUAAUGAGAACUGCAUCCUGCCCAGCGACUGUCCAGCAAGACCAGAAGGAGCUUAAAA